AUAUUCACGCUUACGCAAACAAAACAAAUGUAACGUGUGUAGCAAAUAAUAGACUAGACUUCUAGUGCUACCAUUUUCGCUUUGUUACUGCUUAGACUCUAUAGCUGUUUAUUGAAACUUUUUGACAUGGAACCUCAAUUCCAACAGUCACCCUAGAUUACCACGUAUGGAUGGAUAGCUUCAGAAAUAACAAGAGAUCUCAGAUGGUGAUUGGGGGUCUUGAUUCAAAGAGUAAGAAACCUAAAUCAGGGAUGCCAAACCUUAUCAAUGGAGAUGGAAGAGAGACGAACUGGUUUGAUCAUCACCAUGGUAGCGACGAAGAUGAGCCGGCCAUGCCGUCCUCUCAGGUGUCCAUGAUGUCCGUGGACAUGGCCCCAGACUCGCAGGCCGACAGAGAGCUGGGUCAUGAAGACGGAGAAGGCUUUGACGCAUCCCAGCCUGAACUCGCUAGAGAUGAGACGGGUGGGGAGGAAGUGGAGGAAACGUGGAAGGGGAGAAAUGGAGAAGUGUCCGGUACAUCCCAGCUCACCGACAAGCCAAGUCUUGAUUCCUUUGACUCCUCGAUGACGGUGAUCCUCAACGAAACCAGCGAUGAAGAGGAGGAAGAAAGCGAGCUGCAGAGAUUAUCAACAAGGUCCAUGCAGACCAUACAGCCAGGUGACAGCAGUGUUCAUCCAUCAACUACCUCUCAGGGUUCAACCAAAUCAAAUGCUUCCAAAUUACAGAUCCUGGAUACUGUUCUUCUCUCAAAAAACACCACCUUUACCACCGUCGGAAGCCAACAAGGUCAAAGUUCAAGGACUACUGAUGAUAAGAAGAAGGCAGGGCAUGAAAUGGAUGAACCUCUUUUGACCCCUAAUGCUCAGCGCUUCGUACUCUUUCCAAUCAAGUACCCCGACGUAUGGAAGUUUUACAAGAGAGCAAUGGCUUCUUUCUGGACUACAGAGGAGGUAGACUUGGGAGAAGACUGGAAGGAUUGGCAGAAACUCAAGCCGGAGGAGAAGCACUUUGUGACCCACGUGCUAGCCUUCUUUGCAGCCAGCGAUGGGAUCGUCAAUGAGAAUCUGGUAGAAAGGUUCAGUCAAGAGGUCCAGAUACCAGAAGCUAAAUGCUUCUAUGGCUUCCAGAUUGCAAUGGAGAACAUUCACUCUGAGAUGUACAGUCUCCUGAUAGAUACCUAUGUGAAAGACCCAACAGAGAAACACAGACUCUUCAAUGCUAUUCAAACCAUGCCAUUUGUGAAGAAGAAAGCAGACUGGGCUUUGAAGUGGAUAGCAUCAGAUGAGAGCACCUUCGCUGAGAGAUUGGUUGCAUUUGCUGCAGUGGAAGGAAUCUUCUUCUCAGGAUCCUUUGCUGCUAUUUUUUGGUUCAAGAAGCGAGGACUAUUACCAGGCUUGACAUUCUCCAACGAGCUGAUUAGCCGUGAUGAGGGUCUCCACUGCGACUUUGCCUGCCUGCUCUUCUCCCAUCUCAACCACCCGACUCCUGUCUCCCGUAUCCAGGAGAUCAUCAGGGAUGCGGUCCGAUUGGAAGAGGAGUACCUCUCCGAAGCUCUACCGGUAGCUCUCAUUGGUAUGAAUGCCCGUCUCAUGUGCCAGUACAUCCAGUUUGUGGCCGACAGACUGCUCAUGGAACUCAAAUGCCCAAAGAUCUACAAAGUUGAGAACCCUUUUGACUUCAUGGAGAACAUCUCGCUGGAAGGAAAGUCCAACUUCUUUGAGAAGCGAGUGGGAGAGUACCAGAAGAUGAACGUGAUGACCCCAGAAUUGGGAAGGCACACCUUUACGUUGGAUGCAGACUUUUAAGAACUGACCACACUCGGGUAUCCUGCAGCCUAAACGGUGAUGAAGGCCUUCGAUGGUAUAUUUUUAUACUGACAAACCAGAAAAUGUUGUGAAAUUUCGAGAGUGAUCCAAAUAUGCAAAUUUUCUGCAAAAUUAAUGAAUCACAACCAUAUCUGUACUCCAACAAUAUUUGGCCAAUGUUUCUUGCUGCAAGAAAAGGCAAGCUUUGACGAUUUGUGGAAGAUUGAUGUUGCAAAGUUUCUUGUUUUAUCAAAGUCUGCAAAAGGUUUGCAUUCUGACUGCUGAGAGAGAUGGAAAGCAUACAUUCACGUUGGAUGCAAACUAUUACAAUCUGACCACUACUACCCUUGGUAGAAGGGUGGUGCUGUGGUGUAUAUGCAGCAGACAUUUUGCUGUUUUGUUUCUGUUGAGAGCCUGAAGAAGAUUAACUCAAUGUUGAGAUCAGAUUAUUAAGAUAAUGUUUAGAUUAUCUUAUUUUAACCUGUAUUAAUGGGUUGAUUUUCUUGUUUUCUAUAUGUGGAACCUUUCCGUAUACACAAGCAGGGCAUUAAUUUAUUUCUGAAUUCAUUUUAAGACGUAAAGAUGGUAAAUCGGAUAUUGAUUUGCACAAGAACAUUUGUGCCAAAGGUCUCUUUGCCUUUCUGGUGGUGAAUGGAUAAUUUUGUCAUAUUGAUGCAGUAUUUAAAUCGUCUUUACAGGCGAAAAAAUGAAGCCUUCCAGUUUUUAUUGGCUGUAAAUGACAGACAUUUAUGAUUGAAGAUAUAAUGAAACAUAGACAAUCGUUGAGGAGAUGAAAGUGUGUGUUUUUAUUUGAUUUUUAGAUUUUAUAUGCAACAAUUUAUAUAGGUACUUGUAGGUUUCACAUGCAAAACACUGAAGUAAUAUUAGAAAUGUGAUACAUACGAUGUUUAUUGGCUGAAAGAUAGUGGUUAAAUUAUUGGAAGUGCCAGUCCAUAUAGAGCCCUAUUUCUGUUUAGAUCACAGUAGUUCUACAAAUGUAGAUGAAAGUGAUUUUUUUUUAAUGCAUUUUUUAGGAUGCAUUACAAAGCCUGUUUUAAUUUAAAAAGAAAAUUGUAUUCAACAGUGGAAUCAGUAGUUAAAGUUUAAAUUGAAUAAGUGAUGAAACCGACAAUGGAAGUGCAAUACUAUUUAAUGAAUGCGUUGGUAUAUCACAGGUGCCAUAACAUGAAAGUAACUGAAAUGUACAUAGCAGAUUUUGAGUAUCUCAUGAACAAUCAGAUGUAUGGUUUAUAGGGAAAGGAUUCAAAGGAGUUACACAGUAAUUUUAUUCUUAUUGUCAGUACUCUGUUGUCCUAUCUCAUAUUUUUAUCAACUUACAGGUUCUUUUUCCUCACUCUUUUGUUUUUAUUCUCUUUAUUAUCCUUGCAAUGUUACAAUCACUUCAAUUUCUAUCUCUCUCACAUUUAUUUCUCCACCCCCUCCCCCCA